CCUCCACUUGCCCCAAAUCCCAAUGACCGCAAGGAAGGCGGCGCUAGUCUUCGGCGGCCUAUCGGUGUACGCCACGGCUACCCUUGGUACUUACAUCUAUAUGUACGACCCUGACAAAGGCAAUGCAAAGCCCAUCACUGGAGGCGAACGCCAAGCUCGAUUUGACAAGAAUUCCGCCGAGUACGACAACGAAAUUGACUGGGACGAAACCAUGGUGGGCAUCAAACUCAUGCGUCGCUUCUUGCUCCGGAAUGCAUCGGGGUCGGUCCUUGAAGUGGCGGCCGGCACCGGACGAAACGUACCAUACUACAACCAGGACUCGAACGUGCUGUUGACAGAUCUCAGCGCAAGCAUGCUGGGGCAGAUCAAGCAUCUUCCGUCGCACAUUCGAACAUCAGUGAUGAGCGCAGAAGACCUGGACGCGCCCACCCACAGCUUCGACACCGUCGUCGACACGUUUGCCCUGUGCAGUGUGGAUAAUCCCGUUCGAAUGCUCGAAGAAAUGCAGCGCGUGUGCAAACCCAACGGGAGGAUUCUGCUGCUGGAGCAUGGCAAGAGCAGUUACUCGUGGCUCACGUACGUCUUGGACAAGUUUGCAUUGAAGCAUGCCGAACGCUGGGGAUGUUUCUGGAACCGCGACAUCCUCAAGAUCGUAGCAGACGCGGGGCUGGAAGUAGAAUCGUCAUAUCGCUUCCAUUUUGGCACGACCUAUUACAUCGUAGCACGACCACGCCAACGUUAAUUGAUAAUUAAUUAAAAUAUACAGUAAAAA